AUUUGAGGAUGGCGUUAUCUCCUCCAGUUGCUAUCACAAUUGGUACAUUGUUCUGGGUUGCCUUUGCUCUUAUUGGCUUCUUUAGUGCUGCCAGAAUAAGCAAAGAAAACACUCAGCUAAUAUGGGUGAUGUCUUUUCUCACUGCCUUCUGUUGCUGGUUGUCGUGGUUCUGCACUUACGCUGCCCAAAUUAACCCUCUUAUUGGACCUGAAAUUAACGGAGCUAUCGUCAUGUACUACAGAGCUCAGAACUCACCGUAGGUCAUAGGAAGAUUUCAGAUAAAAAGAGACAAUUUGGCGCUGGACGCCAUUGAACAGGACAUUUGAGAUGUGUAUUGUAUAGUAACACGUUUUAUAUUUUGUGAUUAGCUGAUUAUACACCGCAUGUAUCAUUCUAAUGUUGGAAUGUACAAUGUUUGUUAUCUUGCCACAUCGGUCACAAUUCAAGACAGUUAUCAACGUGACGCGCAGUAACUGUUUUAUAUUCUAGUUUCCUGAUCGAUUGAAUGACUAAUGUUUCGCGCACGACGUGUUAUUUUGACGUUUCGUGGAAUUUAGAAUUGUCAACGUUUGUAUCUAUUUUUAGGUUUUUCGCAAUUUCGAUCUUAUAUUGCAACAGUCGAUAAAAUCUUCUUGUGAAUUAUCUUUGUGGUGUUUUGGUUCAAAUUUGAAAUGUUUAGAAGAUAUAUUAUACGCUGUAGUUAUUACACUGUAGUUCUUUGAUAUAUUUUCUCAA